GUUGAUAGUUUGAGCAGACAGUCAGUGUAUAAACACUAUGGACACCGCAGUGACGCAUGUAGAAACAGUAUUGUCCAUGGAACAGUUUCAUGUCUCUGAAGACUGUGGGUUUAUUCUUCCUGAGCCACUGACAGACCUACCAGAGUACUUCAAACCCUGGAUGGACAUUGCUAAAAAUGUCCCUGAACUCAUCUCAUCCCAUUCCUUGCGGCUCAGAGUUCAUAACAUGCCUUUGCUGGAGACUCAUCUGUUGCAGAGUCACCGUGAGCUGCGUUUGGCUCAUCUCGCUUUGAGUACAUUGACUAUGGGUUACGUAUGGCAGGAGGGAGAGAGAGAAACCAUAAAAGUCCUUCCACGAAAUUUGGCUGUGCCAUUAUGGGAUGUGUCCCAGAGACUGGGUCUACCCCCAAUUCUCUCCCACGCUGAUACAGUUCUUGCCAACUGGAAGAAAACAAACCCUGAUGGACCCUUUGCUAUGGACAAUUUGGAGUUGUUAAUAACAUUGCCUGGAGGCGAGACCGUGCAAGGCUUUUUUCUGGUUACACUCCUUGUGGAGUUGGCAGCUGUCCCCGGCCUAAAGGCAAUUCCUGAAGUCAUCAGCGGUGUCCAUUAUAAUAAUGUUGCUAUGGUCACCAAAGCUCUGAAUGUUGUAGGUCAGGCCAUAGACAGCAUGAAGCAUGCCCUUAAACUAAUGCACGAUUAUGUAGAUCCCUCCAUAUUCUAUGGCAUUUUGAGGAUCUAUCUCUCUGGAUGGAAAGAUAACUCUUCGAUGGCAGAAGGUCUAGUGUAUGAAGGAGUUCAGAAGAAGGCAAUGGAGUAUUCGGGGGGAAGUGCGGCCCAGAGCAGCACCCUGCACUGCUUUGAUGAAUUGAUGGGAGUCAAACAUGAAGGUGACAGUGGGGCUUUCCUGAAGAGAAUGAGGGACUACAUGCCCCCCUCUCACAAGCAUUUCAUUGAGAACAUCUCUAGUCGUCCAUCCCUGCGCAACUUUGUGCUCCAGCAAGUGGAUGAACACCUAACACACGCAUUUGAGCAGUGUUUAUCUCGGCUGGUGGACUUUAGGAAUUAUCACAUCAAUAUUGUUACUCGUUACGUCACGAUACCAGCCUCUCGUGCCAAACAGCUCCGCGUUAGCGGGCAAGAAUCGGCCAAAGAGCUCGGUACAAUUGGGAAAGCUCCCACAGCCCUGGAAGAAAGAGGCACUGGAGGUUCAGGGAUUAUGAGCUUUUUGAAGACAGUACGAGAUAACACCAAAGAUGGUUUAUUUUACAGUUUAUAACAUUGUGAAUUAUCACAAUGUUAUAAUUCACACUGCCACAACAAAAACAAGCUGUGUUGUUGAUUAUGUGGGUGUGUGGUUAAUUGUGUUGAUUUGCUUGAAUGAUUUUUCAAAUUGCGCUUAUUGAUAUCUGUUGUGACAUUGAAUAUUAAACAAAUAGUUUAAUAAUUUAACCAUCCUCAUGCCAAUAUGUGUAUGACUAUCCUGGUACUUCCUAUCAUUGUAAUGACACUGAAAGGCCAAGUACCAAGUACCUUAAAAAAUAUGUUGGUAAGAGAAAACAAUUCCAUUUAUGAUGUUUUUCGUCACAGUGGCUCAAUACAAAAUCUGAAGUUACCUUCUUGAGCUGUCUGUUAGCCCCAUUAUCAGUUUACAUUUAUAUGCAAUGUCACCUACCGUCACCAAAUAAGCUCAUAAUAUUUAUUGUUUUCUCUCACAAUUUCACCUAAGGGUCAAUAAAUUAUGGAGUCAUUUUCAUUUUAGGGUGAACUAUAACUUUAAUAGGGCAACCUAACAAAAUGUUAUAAAGUCAGUUUACGAAAGUUGUGCAACUCAGCAGCCGUGUUUGCAAAGCCUCUGGGCAGCUAUUCGUCGUAGCAUGUCCACAGUCUUAUCUAUAUGAAUGUGGGAAGGCAGAUAUUUCUAGAAUCAUUGGCAAAAAUCACAAUUAAACAGCAUGACAUGAACUGUAUCACAAGAGCCCCGGCCCACAGAAUCGUCAGUCUUUAUUGAUUGCCGAUUGGCUCGUUUUACUGGAAGUCGGGACUUCCUUCUCAAGUGGCCUUCUCUAUUGAGCGUUGCAUUCCUCGCCAUUCAUUGUUACGGCAGUGGCGCAUCUUGUAUAUAUUAUUAUUGGUCAUAUUAAACGCCGUAAAGUCACAAUGAGUAUUGAUUAAAAAUGUAUUUUAUAAAAUAAAGAAAAAAAUAAUUUAUUUUA